AUUGUGCAGAAGCGAGACACGAAGAAAAUGUACGCGAUGAAGUACAUGAACAAGCAGAAGUGCAUCGAGCGGGACGAGGUCCGCAAUGUCUUCCGCGAGCUCCAGAUCAUGCAGGGCCUGGACCAUCCUUUCUUAGUCAACCUGUGGUACUCCUUCCAGGAUGAAGAGGACAUGUUCAUGGUGGUCGAUCUACUGCUGGGGGGCGACCUGCGUUACCACCUGCAGCAGAACGUACAUUUCACGGAGGGAGCUGUGAAGCUCUACAUCUGUGAGCUGGCUCUGGCCCUGGAGUACCUGCAGAGAUACCACAUCAUCCACAGAGACAUCAAACCUGACAACAUCUUACUGGAUGAGCAUGGACAUGUUCACAUUACGGACUUCAACAUAGCAACAGUUGUGAGAGGUGCAGAAAAGGCUUCCUCCAUGGCUGGGACCAAGCCCUACAUGGGGAUCUUUGCCCUCUGACCGCAGCUCCUGACCAAGGACCCCGAGAGCCGUCUGUGCAGCCUCCAUGACGUGCAGAGUGCACCGUACUUGGCCAGUGUGAACUGGGACGCGGUGUUUGAGAAGGCGCUGACGCCUGGCUUUGUGCCCAACAAAGGGAGAUUGAAUUGUGACCCUACGUUUGAACUCGAAGAGAUGAUCCUAGAAUCCAAGCCACUUCACAAAAAGAAGAAGAGGUUGGCCAAGAACAGAUCCCGAGAUGGUGCCAAGGACAGCUGUCCUCUGAAUGGCCACCUGCAGCAGUGUCUGGAGACCGUGCGGAAGGAGUUCACCAUAUUCAACAGAGAGAAGCUGAGGAGGCAACAGAGCCAGAAUGGCCAGCUCACAGCCACUGAUGACCGAGCAGGCAGCCAGGCCCAGGACAAGCUCCAGGACGGGUGUAACAACAACAUCCUCACCCACACCUGCUCCCGGGGCUGCAGCAGCUAA